UCAGAGCUGGAUGGAACGCACACUGAAACGUAGCGGCGGCGUGGCCGUGAUGAUGUCAGAUCCCAGGGUGCACUGCGACGCGUUUCGGAGCAUGCACUGGCCGUGGAAGGCGGAAGUGCACUCCUUUUUCAAGCAGGGGGAGGUGGAUGAACAGGGGUGAAUAUAUAGGGAACGUGAGUCUAAUUGAUCAAUUAACCAAUUAACCAGUGAUUGACCAUUGCUGUCAGGUGAAUAGUGUAAAGUCAUGGAUGUUAAAUGGGGGGGUAAAGGAAACCAAAUGGGAAAAAAGAGAGGAUGUAAUAAAUAAGAAGACGGAAGACGAAAGAAAAAAAAGGAAACAAAGAAAAAAAAAUAUAUUCUGGGAGAUUAGUGGGGUAAAAUGUUCACCUUGCAGCACUGGCACAUCAAUUAUG